UUAGGCAUUUCCCAUUAACUCCGAAUAAUAUCAAUACAAAUUUGUAAAAAUGAGCGCGUCGACUCCGUCUAUUUCCAGGGCGACUUAUUGUAGCACCUUCGAUCGGGAUAUGGAUAGGAGAAUCGAGCAACUCGAGCGAUUAUUGGAUAAAGAAUUUCGGAAGAGUAAUCAAUUGUUUAUGGAUCGACUUUUAAAUUACAAAUUGGAUCGGGAUAAUCUGCCGGAGGAUACUCCGUUGCCCAUAUACCUGGCCCAUCGGGAGCCCCGUAGUUUGAGUCCACCAAGCAGGUGGGACGCCAUAAAAGAGUCUCGCAAAUUAGUCAGCCUGCCAGAAGCAGCAUCAGCAUCUGCAGCAGCAGCAACAACAACAACAGCUACACCAGCAACACCAGCAACAGCAGCAACAUAAUGCAACAUAAAGCGCAGCUCCCAUGACUCAUUUUGCUUGAUGCGCGCGACAUUAAGAGACAAGGCUGAAGCGUAGAAAAACGAGAGAAAUACGGAAAAACACCACGGAUACGAAGCUGAAACACUCACUUGACUUGAAAAUCUGCAGAGGAAUAACUGACAGUGUACACAAGCAGCACUAAUUGCUGUAAAAUUGCCAACAGUCCUCGGAGGAGCGGGAGUGGGAGCGAAAUCGGGGACUUUGGGUCGACAUAGAACAACAGGAGAACACAAAAAUCACGGCGGCAAAACAACUGGCCGUGUGUUUAAAAAAAAUCUUAACGGAAUGAAUGCAACAGACGAACGAAUGUGCAACGAAACAAGCAACAGCAGCAGCAGCAGCAACAUGAAGCCGCAACAGCAACACAAACUGCAAACAACUCAAUUAACACAAACAACCAGCCAGAGAAUCGCGCAAAAGUUGCUGUUGCCUUUGGGCAUUGCCCAGCCUACCACGCCCCCUAGCCAGCAUGACCGCCCUUUCCCCCACGGCCAAAAGCCCUUUUGAGCCUCAUUUUUUGAACACAUUUUUCGGGUCCCUUGACAAAUGAAAAUGUUUCCAUAAUUUUUACUAGUAAUAUCUAGAUAAAAUAAUUUUAUUCAUUUGCUAUAAUAAUACAUUUAAAUAUUCAUUAAAAAUAUUACUGUUUUUUACAAAGCGCGAGCUGAGGUAAAAUUCCACCCUCUUAAGUCCUUAAAUUUCGCUCCUUUAUAUAUUCUCUUAUUAACAUCCAAUAAUA